GCUUAGGAUAAAAUGGAUGACAGCUUUGAUUGUGACUGUGGUGAGCUGGAGCCACCUGAUCAUUAAAGUAAAUUUCCUUCUGAAAGGAAAAAGCUGCCUCAAGUUACUGUUUGCUAUCCGAAAUAAAAAGCUUGAUCUGGUGCUCGUUAAUACAGGAUGGCACUGCUCAGGACCAGUCUUACACUGAAUGUAUCUGCACUGUGAGAAGGAUGCUAAAAGAAGCCUGUUAUACCCGUAUUUAUUAAAACCGUCGUUAAAUGUUAUAACACCCUGGGGUUGGCUUCAGAAUUUGUCCGUUCAUUCCAUUAGUCCUUAUUUCUUAUGUUUGUGGAAAUGUUUUACCUUUUUUGAAGUAUGAGCGAACUGCCAUUUAUACAUCAAAAAGCUAAUUUGUUUUACACAGCUGCUAAUCUUUAAUAUUUAUGGGGGAACAGCUGGCCUGACUGGCACUUCUUGGGAAGAAAGAGGCAAGAUCUCACUAUUUAAACCAAAUCAUUUGCUUUUUGUGAAAGCUCUUCCAUUUAGAAUUUAUUGAAAGGUUUUUCAGUUUUAACACAAAAUUGACAGUGGUUUAUGAAAACCAACAACCCAACACUUUCCAGAAUGGCAGAGAAGUUUGAGAGUCUUAAUAAUAUUCAUGGCUUUGAUUUGGGUUCCCGAUACAUGGACUUAAAACCACUGGGCUAUGGUGGUAAUGGCCUUGUUUUUUCUGCUGUAGAUAAUGACUGUGACAAAAAGGUGGCUGUGAAGAAGAUCGUCCUAACUGACCCACAGAGUGUUAAACAUGCCUUACGUGAAAUCAAAAUCAUCCGACGACUUGAUCACGACAAUAUUGUAAAAGUUUUUGAGAUUCUUGGUCCAAAUGGAAGCAUUUUAAAUGAUGACGUUGGAUCGCUUACUGAACUAAACUGUGUUUAUAUAGUACAGGAGUAUAUGGAGACUGAUCUGGCAAAGCUUCUUGAGCAGGGUCCCUUGUUAGAGGAGCAUGCCAGGCUCUUCAUGUACCAGUUGCUGCGUGGACUUAAGUAUAUUCAUUCAGCUAAUGUCCUGCAUAGAGAUUUGAAACCAGCUAAUUUAUUUAUAAACACUGAAGACCUGGUGCUAAAAAUAGGUGAUUUUGGACUGGCACGUAUAAUGGAUCCACAUUACUCGCAUAAGGGUCACCUCUCUGAAGGUUUGGUCACCAAAUGGUACAGAUCUCCCCGUUUGUUACUGUCUCCUAAUAACUACACCAAAGCCAUUGACAUGUGGGCAGCAGGAUGCAUUUUUGCAGAGCUUUUAACUGGAAGAACUCUGUUUGCAGGCGCACAUGAGCUUGAGCAAAUGCAGCUGAUACUUGAAUCGAUCCCUGUCCUGCAUGAGGAGGACCGUCAAGAACUUCUUAGCGUUAUCCCAUUUUUCAUUAAGAAUGACAUGACUGAACCACAUACCCCAUUAGCACAGCUUCUUCCUGAAGUCAGCACUGAAGGUAUCAUGAUAGCCAGUUUUCUGACCAUGACUGGUAUCUUAACAGUAACUUAGAAAUAGAUGAAGUUCAGCGCGAUCCCCGGGCCUUGUCUGAUGUAACUGAUGAGGAGGAAGUGCAAGUGGACCCUCGUAAAUAUUUGGAUGGAGAUAGUGAAAAAUUCUUAGAAGAUCACACUUUUGACUCUCACUUUUCUACUGAACCAGUCUGGCAGUAUCCUGAUCAUCAUGAAAACAAGUACUGUGAUCUGGAAUGCAGUCACACCUGUAACUACAAAGUUAGGUCUAAUCCAUACCUAGACAACUUAGUCUGGCGAAACAGUGAAGUUAACCAUUACUAUGAGCCCAAACUUAUCAUAGAUCUUUCUAACUGGAAAGAGCAAAACAAAGAACAAGGUAAGGAGAAGGCAGAUAAGAAGGGAAAGUCAAAAUGUGAAAUGAAUGGAUUAGUAAAAGCACAGAUAGCACUGAAAGAGGCAUCACAACAGCUGGUGGAGAAAGACAGGGAAAGGAAUCAAGGCUUUGACUUUGAUUCUUUUAUAGCAGGAACCAUUAUGCUUAGUAUGCAGCAUGAGUCAUCUAAUGUUGACAAGUUAAAUGAUCUGAAUAGUUCAGUAUCACAGCUUGAAUUGAAAAAUUCAAUAUCAAAGUCUGUUAGUCAGGAGAAAGAGGAAAAGGGAAUUGCCAAUCUAGCACAGUUAGAAGGUUGGAAUCAAAGUCCUUGGAAUAGCCAGUUUGGUCGCACAGGUAGUGGGGAAGAGCAUUUCCUUAUAGACCAGUUUUGUUGUGACGUAAGGAAAGAUGAGCAGCUGAAUAAUGAAAAUACCCCUACAAGUUAUUUGGACAAGUUUUUUAGCAGGUUAGAAGAGGUAGAAGUAACAAAACUUGAGCCAGGAGAAGAUACAGAUGCAGGUGAAAAGGAAAGCGAGGACAACCUCCUUGGUAGAAAUGGUGAAAUCUUGUUCAGUAGGCAGCUUGAGUCCAUUGGCAUUCCUGUUGGUUCUCCACUCCGUUCUAUACAGGCCACAUUGACACCUUCGUCUAUCAAAUCUUCACCUCAGAUUCCCCACAAAACCUAUAGUAGCAUUUUGAAACAUCUAAAUUAAAACACUCAGCAGCAGACAUUUCUUUUUAUAGUCUUUAUUUUAUGUUCGUCUUUUAUUACUGUUUUUUUUUUUUUUUACUUGAAUCACAUGGUACAGUUUUAACAUGUACUUCCAUUAGUUUUAUGUUUGACAUUUUAUGAUCCUAAAUUACCUUGUGUCACAGAUUAUUUUAUUUCAAACUAGCAUGUCAUUUGCACACAAUUAAGCAAAAAUGCAAUUCAUAGAGGGAAGGGGGGAAGGAAAUGCACUAAACCAAGUAGAGACGUUCUGUCUGUGAAACCUGCAGCAUAGCUGUACUUUUUACAGAAUGAAUGAAUCUUGCCUUGUACUUUACACAGUAAGAAUAUUUGCAUGACAUGUCUAUUUUCCCUUUAAAGACAGUAUGGAAGUGGUAGAAGCAGUGUCUCUUGCACAAGACUAAACUGUUUUCAUGCUGUAUAUAAUUUUUAGGCACAUGAUACCAGCGUAAACUUGUAAAGUACAGAUUUUUGGUAUGCAUGUGUUAUCUACCUCAAGGUAUCAGCGAUGUUUGGCAGACCAUUUGUUAGCUGUAGUGCUUCACAACAUGCACAUCUAAGUAGCCAGCAUCACUCUACUGGUAGUAUUCCUUUAUUAAAAAAAAUGGAACUUUUACUUGUUCUGGUAUGCAUUCUUUUAUAGUGAAGUGUUAAUAAUAUGUUAUUUAUUUUAGCAUAUGAAAUUUGCUUUCUAUUUAUUUUAAUUGUAGGCAUUCAGUUCAGCUUUGAAAGGAACUGUAAACAUCUGCAGCUAAUUUCUUUUCAGCACUAUUGUUCAUUACCUACCAGGUAGAAUGCAGGUGUGUUGAAUUUUUUUAAACUUUUUUCAUCCUUAAUUUGUUUACUUUCAUGCUAUUGAAAGCAUCACUGUGUAUAGGAAUAUUUUAUUGGAGGUGCUUGAGCAACCUUUAAGCAUAUGAAUUAGGAAGUACUUCAUUACGAAACAUUGUUCCAAAAAGUCUUAAAUUGUCACUUUCAAAACUUUUUGUAUGUUAGAGUAGUGUGCAUGGAAGUAACAGGUACGUUAGUGUAGAAGACCAUAGACAACGUUUAUUUUUGUUUUUUUUUUUUUAUGUUUUGUUAAAAUUUCCUAUUUUGUAAGUCCACAUGAAUGAAGUUAAACGUAGCAUGUAGUAUCUGUUUCCUGGAAUUUGUUUGCUUUCUGAUAGGUUUCUCCAUUUUCUGUUGUCACCACUUCCCUUGUUGAAAAAUAAAGGACAAAUAAACAUGAUUGGCCAAAUACUUUCCAUCA